AUUGAUUGUUAUAAAAGUAGGCUUUUAUCUUUAUUUCAGUUUUUAGUCAAAGAAGGAUUUAAUAAUCUAAAUACAUGACUUUGAUGAAUAAAUGCAAAUUCAUUAAUAUAGUUUUAACAACAAUAGUAAUAAAGGCAAACCCAUACAUACAUCUUUAUGUUCUUUGUUUAGAGAGGUAUAUUUAUUUUAUAAUUGUAAAAGAAUAAUAUUGAAGUUAAGUAGGAGGAGGUUAAAUAAGAUAUUUCUUUAAUAAAAUAUUUGGAGACUAUUUAAUAACAAAUGUAACAAUUAGAAACUAGUGUUGAUUCAUUGGAAAGGAAAAUAAACAUGAACAAGUCAAAAUCUUAGAAACAAACAAAAUAAUCAAAUGAUCAUUAGUUAGUUUAUAUCAAUUAGAAUAUAUCAGGAUUAGUGGGAAGAUUGCAAGAUAUUCUAAUGCAAAAAAAUUUAUUAUAAGUACAAACUUAACCGAAUGGUGAAGAGGAAGAGAAAUAGACAAUUUAUACCUUCAAUAAGAAUUUAAAUAAGUUUUCUAAAGGAUACAAGUGUCGAUUUUGUGAUAGUAAAUUUGUAAAAGCUUGCUCUUUGGGGUAAUGAUUUUACUAAGUAUACUUAGGGGUCACAUUUCAAGAACUCAUAAGGAGGAAUCGAAAUUAUUGAAAUAAAAUAUUCUUGUUAAGAAAAAUAAACAUAUAAAAAAGGAAAAAAUUAAUAUUACAAAAAUGAAAUGA